AUAGGAAAAGCUCGGUCAACCUAUAAAAAGGCAAACCAACUUGCUUAGUUAUUAGUGUUCUCAGAGAGUCAAACAAGAACAGUGGAAAGUGAUCGCUCGCAAUGUUGUUAACAAUCGCCCUUGUGGGCUUGGUUUUGGCUUUGGCCUACAGUUAUUAUAUCAAAAUCUAUACCUACUGGGACCGCAAAGGGGUUCUUAACGAGAAACCACUACCGGUUGUUGGCAACAUGAGGGGAAUCGGAACGAAGAAGCAUUUUCGAGACAUCAAUCAGAGGAUUUACGACAAGUUCAAGGGAAAGGCUCCCCUCGCCGGGAUGUACAUGUUCUUCAAGCGAUCCGCCAUGAUCACCGAUCUGGAUCUCAUCAAGCAGAUCAUGAUCAAGGACUUUAGCAACUUUCAGGAUCGCGGAGCUUUUAACAACCCCCGUGAUGAUCCCUUGACCGGUCACCUCUUCACCUUGGAGGGUGAGGAGUGGAAAUCGAUGAGGCACAAGCUCUCUCCGGUUUUCACCUCCGGAAAAAUUAAGCACAUGUCGGAAGUGAUCGUGGAAGUGGGUCACCGCCUGGCGGAUACCAUGGAUAAGGAAGUGAAGGCUGCCAAGGUCGAGGAAGGAGAUGUGGAGAUCAAGGACCUGUGUGCCAGGUUCACCACGGAUGUCAUAGGAUCGUGUGCCUUUGGACUUGAGUGUAAUAGUCUUCAGGAUCCGAAUGCCGAGUUCCGAAACAGAGGACGCGAUAUCUUUCGGAAGCGUCGUCAUGGCCAGAUUGUGCAAUCUUUCUUAUUUACCAACGCCAAGUUGGCUAGGAAGCUUAGAUUGAAGGUGCUACCCGAUGAGAUAACAAACUUCUUUUUGUCGACGGUGAAAAAUACCAUUGAUUAUCGCCUAAAGAACGGCGUUAAGCGAAACGACUUUAUCGAUCAGUUAAUGCAACUCCGAGCUGAGGACGAAGAGGCGGCCAAAAGGGGAAAUGGUAUCGACCUGUCACAUGGUUUGACCCUGGAGCAAAUGGCUGCCCAGGCCUUCGUGUUCUUCGUGGCAGGAUUCGAGACCUCCUCCAGCACGAUGACCUUCUGCCUUCAUGAACUAGCCCAGCAACCGGAUGUUCAGCAAAAGCUUAGGGACGAGAUCGAAAGUGUUUUGGGAGAAGGAGAGUUGAACUACGACGCUUUGGCCAAAAUGAAAUAUUUGGAUCAGGUGUUGGCAGAAACCCUCCGAAAACACCCGCUUCUACCCCACCUGGUUCGGGAGUGCAACCGCGACUACAAAGUUCCCAACACGGAUAUUGUGCUGGAGAAGGGCAUCAAUGUCCUGAUUCCCGUGCACAACAUCCACCAUGAUCCUGAGAUUUAUCCCGAUCCGGAGAAGUUCGAUCCCAGUCGCUUCGACCCGGAGGAAGUCCAAUCCCGACACCCGAUGGCUUAUUUGCCCUUUGGCGACGGACCUCGAAAUUGUAUUGGCCUUCGUUUUGGAAAGAUUCAGGUCAAGAUUGGUCUGGUCUCGCUCAUUCGGAAGUUUAAGUUUUCCAUCUCGAAACGCACAGAGGUUCCAUUGAUUUUUUCAAACAAAAAUUUCCUUUUGGGCACGGAAAACGGUAUUUACCUAAAAGUGGAAAGUGUUUAACUACUAAUUAAAUCCCUGAUUAUGGUGAAAGAUUAGUCCUAAAACGCCAAACCAAAAUUUAAUAAAUAGAUUUAAAACCAAUAUGAGCCCAAACAUACGUGCUUAUUUAUUAUUCACAAAUUGUAUCAAAGCUUUAACUGGGGCCAAAAUUUAACUAUUUACGCAAUUUAAAUGCAAAAAAACCAAUCAUACUCUAAAUUGAUUUAGCUAGCUUUCCGUCAUUUCGCAGUUUUUAAAAAAUGCGUUUAAUGUAUUAAAUAAUUAAUUUUGCACACCGUGAGGGACAACUAAGAUCUUAGCGCGAAAGCAAAACAUACUAAAUAGAAUAAAAGCAAUAUGCUUAUAAGCUAUUCACAAAUUGUAAACUUAAAGCGUGGGAUUCUGCCUUCAGUUAACUUACAAAAAACUAAAAUAAUUUCAUCGCGCCUCAGUUUUAACAAAUCAUGGUCAACGUAUCGAAUAAUGGACUUUACCUUAAAGAAGAAAGGGUUUAAAUUUAAUUGAAUCCCCUAAUUAUUGUAGCCUAUCGUGAAGGGCGAUUAAAUGCUAAACGCAAAUGGUAAACAGGUGCUUAUUAAUUAUUUACAAAUUGUAUCAAAGAUUAAACUGUGACCAAAACUUUGC